UUGGAGUUUUCCUUUGCGUGCUGGCCUUCGUCUCUUAUACAUCAGGUCAAAUGCCUGGUGGGAGAGGAGGAGACCUCUCACCCCAGAUGCUAACGGAGAUGAAAGAAACCAACAAGGCACUGAGAGAAAUCAGAGAACUGCUGAAGCAGCAGGUCAAAGAGAUAACCUUUUUGAAGAACACCGUGAUGGAGUGUGAUGCUUGUGGCUUGACUCCUGCGAUAGGCCCCCCAAUCACUGUUUUGAACCGCUGUUCUCCGAACCCAUGCUUCCCGGGGGUCACCUGCACCAGCACCCCAACCAGCUUCCAUUGUGGAUCCUGCCCUCUGGGUUACACAGGCAACGGGACCCACUGCAAGGACAUUAACGAGUGCACAGCCAGCCCCUGUUUCCCCAAAGUUCGCUGCAUCAAUACGGCGCCUGGUUUCCACUGUGAGUCAUGUCCUCCUGGCUACAGAGGACCAGCGCUGGAAGGAGUCGGCUUAGCGUUUGCCAGGGCCAAGAAGCAGAUCUGCAAUGAUAUCAACGAAUGCGAGGAAGGGGCUGCCAGGCCCUGCGUGGCAAAUUCCAUCUGCGUUAACACUCCGGGCUCCUACAAAUGUGGGGCGUGCAAAAGCGGCUUUGAAGGGGACCAGCGUUCUGGCUGCCGGAUCAAGACCAAGCGACGUUGCCCCAAUGGUCAACCAAGCCCUUGUCAUGAGAAAGCGGAGUGCAUUGUCGAGCGGGAUGGGACUCUCCUCUGCCAGUGCAUCAUCGGGUGGGCAGGAAAUGGCUACAUUUGUGGACGAGAUACCGACAUUGAUGGGUUUCCAGACGAGAAGCUUCCUUGCAGUGAUGAAAAGUGUAAGAAGGAUAACUGUGUGACGGUUCCCAACUCCGGCCAAGAAGACGCUGACAGGGAUGGGAUCGGUGAUGCCUGCGACGACGAUGCUGACGGGGACGGGAUAAAAAACUCCGAGGACAACUGUGUGUUUGUGCCCAACGCGGACCAGCAAAACGUAGAUCUAGACAACUUUGGGGAUGCUUGUGACAACUGCCGGAAUAUCAAGAACAACAACCAGUGGGAUAGCGAUGGCGACGGAUGGGGGGAUCUGUGUGACAACGAUAUGGAUGGAGACCGAAUUAAAAAUGACCUGGACAACUGCGCGAGGAUCCCAAACGCAGACCAGAAGGACACCGAUGGGGAUGGAGUUGGAGACGUCUGUGACAGCUGCCCCUUCAUCAGUAACCCAGAUCAGAAAGAUACUGACCACGAUCUUGUUGGAGACCCGUGUGACACCAACCAGGACACAGAUGGAGAUGGGCACCAGGAUUCCCGCGACAAUUGUCCUACGGUGCCCAAUAGUUCCCAGCUGGACUCUGACCAGGAUGGGCUCGGAGAUGAAUGUGAUGAUGAUGAUGAUAAUGAUGGCAUCCCGGAUCACAAGUCCCCAGGGCCUGACAACUGUCGUUUGGUCCCCAAUCCUAGCCAGCAGGACACAAAUCGAGAUGGUGUCGGAGAUGCUUGUCAGGAUGACUUUGAUAAGGACCUGGUGGUUGACCGGAUUGAUGUUUGCCCUGAAAAUGCCCAAGUGACGCUGACUGACUUCCGGGCCUUUCAAACCGUUGUGUUGGAUCCUGAAGGAGAUGCCCAGAUAGACCCCAACUGGAUUGUCCUCAACCAGGGUAUGGAAAUUGUGCAGACCAUGAACAGUGACCCAGGUUUAGCUGUGGGGUACACGGCAUUUAACGGGGUGGACUUUGAAGGCACCUUCCACGUGAACACGGUCACAGAUGACGAUUACGCAGGCUUCAUCUUUGGCUACCAGGACAGCGCCAGCUUCUACGUGGUGAUGUGGAAGCAGAUGGAACAAACCUACUGGCAGGCCAAUCCUUUCCGGGCGGUGGCAGAACCGGGCAUCCAGCUCAAGGCGGUGAAAUCAAAGACUGGGCCUGGAGAAUACCUGCGUAACUCACUCUGGCACACAGGGGACACCGCUGACCAGGUGAAGUUGCUGUGGAAAGACCCCCGGAACGUCGGCUGGAAAGAUAAGACUUCCUACCGCUGGUUCUUACAGCACCGGCCCCAGGUGGGCUACAUCCGGACUCGGUUCUAUGAGGGGUCUGACGUGGUGGCCGACACUGGCAUUGUCCUCGACACAACUAUGCGAGGGGGCCGUCUGGGGGUCUUCUGCUUCUCCCAGGAAAACAUCAUCUGGUCCAACCUGCGCUAUCGCUGCAAUGACACGAUCCCUGAAGACUAUGAGGCUUACCGGAACCAACACGACUACUAAAUGCUACUGCCGCUGGUGGAAAAAAAAGAGACUUGUUGCGCCCGCGCCACAUGCACUGCUUUCUGCUCCCUUCAAGAUAUAGUAAAUGGUGAACUGUCUCUUCAUAUGCGGCAAGCACCGUGUCCGCCAGCCCCUGCAGCCUCCCCACUACCCCUCCUAGGACCAACCUCACCCGAGAUCUGCUUCCACAAGACCCCGAAGAACCGUCAUUGCUCGACAUAGCGCAGAAGAGCCGUUCAUGCUCCGUGGCAGCUGCUAGCAAGUCCACAAGGGUGGACAUAACCAGGGGACCCUUCCUGGAAGGCGGAAGGGUCACCACCAGAGAAGUGGCUUCCUUGGGCAUCCUCCCCUGGGUGGUCUCCUGCCCUUGUCUUGCAUCCUUUUGGGUCAGCCACUGCUGAUGCUGAGGUGGGACACGGGCAGCCACCCAUUGUGGCCUCCCGGGUUUCGCUCCAUAACCUCUGCAAGAGAAGGAAAGUGCCUUUGGGGUCUCACCCCCGGUUCUCAAAUGGAGCACAUGCACAUAUAUACGCACAGGUAGUCUUCAACUUACGACCACAAUUGAGUCCCACAUUUCUGUGGCUAAGCAAGACAUUUGUUAAGUGACUGGUGCCCUAUUUUACAACAUUUCUUCAAGUGAACUACAGCGCCUGUUAAGUUAGUAUCCCAGUUGUGAAGUGAAUCUGGCUUCCCCACUGACUUUGCUUGGCAGAAGGCGAUCGCAAGACCCCGGGAUGCCACGACCGUCAAAAAAUAUGAACUGGUGGCCAAGCAUCCAACCCCCCCCCCCCCCCCCCCAACCACGGGGGAUGCUGCCAAGUUCGUGUGAAAAUCGAUCCUAAGUCAUUUUUUUCUCCAGUGCCGUUGCAACUUUGAAUGGUCACUAAGCGAAUGGUUGUAAGUCGAGGACUGCCUGUACAAGCUGAGGCUUCUGUGUGAUUCGGGAAUCUACCACCACCGCCACUCCCAACAGCUGAUGGGGAACCUGUCUGGUUCGGAAGCCACGCAGGCGGCCUUCAAAACCCCCAAGCAUUUUGGGCAGGGAGCAAACCUUAAUAGUAGAAUGCCAGCUUUGCACACCUCCAGUUAAGAGGACCAGAGAGCAAGUGAUGAACAGGUCUGCCUUGGCUUAAGUCCUGGAGAGUAAGUGCUUCCUGGUCCGGAGCUGAUCUUGAAUAAGACAGUUUCCUAAAGUAAUUCACUUAACCCAAUAAUCCAAGAUUCCACUAGAACAGUAUCUCUUGGGUCACUUGAAGAUGUGUGGACUUCAACUCCCAGAAUUCUAUUCAACCCAGUUAUGCUGGCUGGGGAAUUCUGGAAGUUGAAGUCCACGUACCUCCAAGUGGCCAAAGUUGAGAAACACUGUGUUAAAAAAUGCAGCUCUUCAUUGUUUAGGAGAAAUUUGGAGAGCCGUUUGUACAAAUACAGACUGUUCGGUUAAUAAAAUAACAUUUGU